CGGACGUUGAAGGUGACAAACCCGAGAAGCUGUACAAGACGUCUGCCUCCCUCUUUUGAGUUACUGAGCACUCUCCUGCGACCGAGCGCAGAGGGAACCAUGCUGACCUCCAGCGUGCCGCCGGAAGGCCAUGGAGUUGGGCAACUGGUGGAUCGUUUCUGUACCCUUCUAACGUUGCCGUCGUUCACCAAGGACAUCUGGACCGAGGAACAUCAAAAGACCGUAGCGAACUUCCUCGAAGCAAAAACCGCUGCAAAACUAUUUGCCUUUGUCGACAACCGCAAUGGGAGUCCGCAGCUUCACCUCACCGAUACACUGCAAGACCAGUCGAACCCCGACCUUAUGUACUUUCUUCGAGACAAAGCGUCGGAACACGAACAAAUCAGCGAUGCCAACUUCGAGCGUAUGGUUCAAUAUGGGACAAUUACGGGAGGAGCGAUGCCGAAUCUUUUACGGCUGAUGGAUGGAGUAUUCACUCCAAUCGUAUCGAACAAUCAACGCUGGCCGGAGAGCGCUCGAAAAGAUUUCAACAACCAGCUGCACAAAUUCAUGGCGCUGUUAACCGAUGCGGCGUUUCAGAUGAAAGGGCACACCGUGCUCUACGUACCCAGGGAAGAGCUCACGGAUGCCGAAUCGUGCGCGAAGCGAAAAGACGUGAUCCAGCGACUGGAAUCGCUUCUCAUGCACUGGACCCGGCAGAUCAAGGAAGUCGUCAACAAUCAACACGCUUCGGAAACGAUUGAAAACUCUGGACCGACGGAAGAGAUCCAAUUCUGGCGGAGCAGAUGUGAUGAUUUGUCGGGGAUAAGUGCUCAGCUGGACCGCGCUGAUGUGCGUCAGAUCCUGCACAUUCUUGAUCUCGCGCGAUCUUCGUACUUGGAGCAGUUCAUGCGCUUGGUUCAUCUCAUCCAGGAGGGAACGACUCAAGCGCAGGAUAAUCUGAAAUUCCUCUCGACGCUUGCGGAGCCCUGUCAAGUGCUUGCGACAACGGAGCCCAAGUCGAUACCUGGGGUACUUCCUAAACUUCUAGAUUGCAUUCGCAUCAUCUGGGCGAAUUCGAAAUACUACAACACCAAAGAGCGCUUGACGAGCCUUUUGCGGAAAGUCAGCAAUGAGAUAAUACACCGUUGCUGCGCCAAGAUAUCAUUGGAUGAGAUUUUCCAUGGAGAUGUCCGCGCAAGUAUGCUCAGUCUACAGGAGAGCAUCAGCUGUGGGGAGUCAUGGAAGCUGAUCUACAAGAAGCAUUGCGCGCAUAUCGCAAAGUUCACCAAACGUCGUUGGGAUUUCGAUGAGAGUAGCAUAUUUGCUCAAAUCGAUGCUUUUGUGCAACGCUGCCGGGACUUACUGGAGGUCUGUGAAGGGCAGGUUCAAUUUGCGCGGAAGCUUCAAGGCGGGGAGAAAGCACCGCUGCCAUUCUUUGGCGGAUCAAAAGGUCCGGAGAUCAGCAAAAGUCUAGAAGAUAUCGAGAUAGCCUUCGGAAAGCUGCUUUCCGGUUUAUGGGACAUUCGCAAAUAUAUCCUCGAUGUCAAAAUCACACGAUGGCACGACGACUAUAACACCUUUAAACAGGGUGUCAAAGAUUUGGAGGUCAUGAUGCAGAACACCAUCUCAUCAGCCUUUGACGGUGCCACGACGGUGGAGGCGUGCGUUGAACUCUUGGAAAUAUUCCAUCAUUUGGCCAAACGAGAAGCGAUCAAAAGGACGGUGGAAAAGAAGACGGCCGACGCGUAUAACCUGUUUCUCCAGGAGCUGAACGCCGUGAAGCUCGAAUUCGAAGCCCACAGGAAGAGUCCGGAGAUCCUUCGGUCUCAACCUGACGAAUCCGGCUCUGCAUACUGGGCGCGCUCGUUGCUCCGGCGCAUUAGCUACUCGAUGAACGCGUUAAAAAAUGCGUAUUACCUUCCUAAAACUCUUCUGGCGGAUGAUGCCAAGGUCCAGUACGAACUUCUGGUGGGUGCACUAGAUGACUACCUGUCUCGCGUGCAUUCGGAAUGGAUAGCGGAGCUUCCGGCGGAGCUGAGCACCCGAUUGGACAACGCUCUGAUGGCACGCAGAGGGCAAGGCAUGCUGGAAGUCAAGUUUGACAGAACCUUGCUGCGAGUUUUUGCGGAGAUAACGUACUGGCAGAAGUUGAAAAUGGACGUCCCGUUCCAUAUUCAGGAGAUUUACAGCAAACGGGAGGAGCUCCGUGUCUUACGCGAGAAUAUCCUUCUCGUGGUGCGAGAUCACAACAGUAUCAUGGAAACCUUGUCACCCGAAGAGCAUCUGCUGUUCCGUGAGCGAAUUCGUUUUCUCGAUCGGAAGAUCAACCCCGGCCUCGUGAGCUUGACAUGGGCAUCCAAGGGCAUAACCGACUACUUCGUCAAGGAAUGUCGCCGCUACUCUCAAGAUGUGCAGAAAACCGUGUCAGACUACAUCGAGUCGAAUGCGCGUAUACGGAGGAACUGCAAGCUGAUAGCAGACUCACUGCUGUGGAACGUCGAAAGCAAACGCAUAUACGAGCUCGAGGAUUUUGGCAAAUCCCAGGAAAGGUAUCGCAGCAUCAUCCAGGAGAAGCUCGCUGCGCUGCAUGAGAACAUUCGCAAUACGCUGCAUACGACAUACGAGGUGUUCCGAAAUGAUGGUCGAGAGGUGUAUAGCCAAUGGAUUCAGUAUGUGGAAAAGAUCGAUGCGGCUGUGGAGGAAGCGCUUCGAACCUCUGUACGUCGGUCCUUGCAGGAGAUAAAUAAGGCCAUCAAUGGCGAAGGGAAAACGCGCGAUGGGGGCGCGGAAGUCCAACCGCUUUUCAAAGUGAACGUUGUUCUGGAAAGCCAACGAGUGGAUUUCAAUCCAAGUCUGACAGAUCUGGAGAGAACCAUCAAUACUGUUGCCCGCGAGAUGAUAUCGACUAUCGAAGUGAUACCGCGCCUCAGUCAAAUCCUUGGAUCAGACACGGUCGAACGAAAGCCACGUUUCUAUGAUAUUAUAGCAAACGAGGAGGAUAUCCUCAAGAUCUUCGUGACGAUCCAGAAUGGAAUGUCGAGCAACGCAGUGAAAUGCCAGCAGUAUCUUCGCACUUGGGACACCUACAGAGAAAUCUGGGAAAUCAACAAGGACGCUUUUAUACGCCGUUAUGCAAAAUUGAAGCCUGCCUUGUCGACCUUCGACGCCGACAUCAAUCGUUACAACGAAGUAGCGAACAAUACGCAGAAGGAGGAAACCCUCACAAAUAUCAACUUCAUUCGCCUUGACUGCUCUUUGUUGAAGCAUGCGCUGGUCAGCCAUUGCAAUUCGUGGCAGAACAAGCUUACGACCCUUCUCAAUAACAACGCUAGUACCGACUUGAUUAGUCUGCACAAGAUGUUCGUCGAGAAGGCAGAGAAGCUCCGAACUGUUCCACGGGAUCUGGACCAGUUGGGGGAUAGUCUUGGCGUUCUCCAGAAGCUGCAGACUUCAUUGCAAUCCAUCGAGGGGCAAUUCCGGCCGAUUCGCGAACAAUACGAAAUCCUGGAAAAGUAUGAAGUGCAAAUCAAGGAUGACGAAAAGGCCUUGCUCGAGACGUUACCUGUGAAAUGGCAGGCGUUCCAGCAAACCAUUGCUGAUUCCGGGAAGACGUUGCAAGAAUACAAAUCCAAGUUCAAGGCGGACCUGCUCACUGCAAUCGACGACUUUUCGAGGACUACGUCGUCUCUGCGAGAGGAGUUCCUUGGAAAGGGCCCCUUCAACGCUGGCUUCGGGGUAGAAAAGGCGCUGAAAUGCAUUCAAGAGUAUCGGGUCGCCUUGAACAACGCGGUUAACAGCGAGGAUCAGCUAAAAAAAGGGCUUGCGGUCUUCCAGCUGGAGCAGCCUCCUUCUAAAGAUGUGGAAUUCAUGACCAAUACCUUGGAGCUUCUUAGCCAAAUCUGGACCUUAUUCGAAGAAUGGAAUAAUAUGUAUGAGACAUGGCGCCUACGUCCAUUCCUCACUCUCGACGCAGGCGAAGUAGACGAAUCGGUCCAAGGAUUCUUAAAACGAUUGAACAAGACCGGACGUGAAAUGCGGGAGUGGGACGUUUUCCAAUCCUUGCGCGAUCGGGUCCAACAUACGAAGCGCACUAUCCCUUUACUGCAGGAUCUAAGGAACCCGGCUCUCAGAGAUCGACACUGGUCCGAACUCAUUGAUGAGGUCGGCAAGUCGUUCGACCCCAAAGGCAAAGAUUUCACUUUGGAUAAGAUCCUGGAUAUUGGUUUGGAUCAGCAUGCGGAGUCAAUAGCGGGCAUCUCGUCGGCCGCGACGAAGGAGCUUUCCAUUGAACAGGGCUUGCAAACGAUUAAAGCUUCGUGGGAUGAGUUAGAACUUGACAUUGUUGCCUACAAAGAGGAGAGGGGGUACUCCAAGCUCCGCAGCACCGACUCGAUCUUCGAGCUUUUGGAGGACAAUCAAGUGACGCUGUCCUCAAUGAAGGCAUCGAAGUUCUUCCUCGCUUUCGAGAGUCAAGUGGAUCAUUGGGAGCGUACUCUCUCCAGAAUUAUGGAAGUAAUUGAGCUGCUACUUCAAGUGCAACGUCAAUGGAUGUAUUUGGAGAACAUCUUUGUUGGUGCCGAAGACAUCAGGAAACAGCUUCCCAAGGAGUCAGCUUUAUUCGACGGUGUGAACAAUGGAUGGAAAGCAAUUAUGAACAGAAUGUUGGAGCUGAAAAACGUCUUGCGAGCGACCCACCAAGCCGAACUGCUUGAGAAGCUGAAUGACAUGAAUCAAAAGCUUGAGAAGAUUCAAAAAUCGCUCGACAUGUACUUGGAAACUAAGCGUCAAGCCUUCCCACGUUUCUACUUCAUAUCCAACGAUGACCUGCUGGAAAUUCUGGGUCAAGCAAAGGAUCCGCAGGCCGUCCAAUCGCAUCUGAAGAAAUGCUUCGAUGGUAUCAACAAACUUGAACUAGCCAUCGCAGGUACAGAUAGUCGGCGUCACACAGAAGCCGUCGGAAUGCAUUCAGUUGAUGGUGAAUACGUGCCAUUCAAUAGCCCUGUUUUGCUCGAAGGUCCGGUGGAAAGUUGGCUGACUGACGUCGAGACCGCCAUGCGCGUAACUUUGCGACGCUUGCUGAUGGGAACAUUGAUGAGCAUGAAAAAAGUCAAAAUGGACAGAUGGCUGAAGGAUUGGCCCGGCCAACUUCUCAUCACCGCAGGGCUGAUGACAUGGACAAUGGACUGCACCAAAGCAUUACAGGACAUUCAGAACGGCGAAAAACACGCUAUGCGCGAUCAAAAGAAGAAGCAAGUGAUACGCCUGAAGAAACUUGCUGAUCUCGUCAGAUCUCCUUUGAAUAAGACCGAACGCAAAAAGCUAAUCUCAUUGAUCACAAUCGAAGUCCACUCGCGGGAUGUCAUUGAUCGCCUGAUCAAAACGAAUGUGUCGGAUGUCAACGCUUUUGAUUGGCUCUGUCAGCUUAGAUUCUAUUGGGAGAAGGAGGCCAAAGACGAUGAAGAUUGCUUCAUACGACAGAUCAACACCCAGUUCCGUUACGGUUACGAGUACCUGGGCAACAGUGGACGACUGGUGAUCACCCCGUUGACGGACCGGUGCUAUAUGACACUUACGACCGCUCUUCACCUACAUCGUGGAGGUAGUCCACAAGGACCAGCUGGGACGGGCAAAACAGAGACGGUUAAGGAUCUUGGAAAGAGUUUGGGGAAAUAUGUGAUCGUGCAGAACUGCUCCGAAGACAUGGACUACAAGUCCAUAGGCAGGAUGUUCUCCGGAUUGGCGCAAACCGGUGCCUGGGGAUGCUUCGACGAGUUCAACCGCAUCAACAUUGAAGUUCUGAGUGUCGUAGCCUUACAAAUUUCGUCCAUCCUCUCGGCGAUAGCCCGUAUUGCGAAGGUAUUCGUCUUCGAAGGCCAGGAAAUCCGCCUCAAUACUUCCUGCGCGAUCUUCAUCACCAUGAAUCCAGGAUACGCAGGCAGAACUGAGCUGCCCGACAACUUGAAAGCCCUCUUCCGACCGGUGGCCAUGAUGGUUCCUGACAGCGCGCUGAUUGCCGAGAUUAUGCUUUUCGCCGAAGGGUUCUCGAAUACGCGCAUUUUGUCGAAGAAGGUGGACACAUUGUACAAGCUGUCGAUUCAGCAAUUGUCGAAACAGGAUCAUUAUGAUUUCGGUCUUCGUGCAAUGACCUCAGCUCUCCGCAGCGCGGGCGCACGCAAACGAGAUGAUAUCACUGUCCCGGACGACAUCGUCGUAUACCUAUCGAUGCGAGAUAACAACAUCCCGAAAUUGACCGCUUGGGAUGUCCCGCUGUUCAUGGGGAUGCUCUCUGAUCUUUUCCCGGGAGUGGAAGCUCCGACCGUGGAUUACACAAGUUUCCGGACCGCGCUUUUGGAAGAGAUGAAGGAACGCAACUUGCAGCCACUGGAGGGAAUCAUUACCAAGGUCAUUCAGUUAUAUGAAACCAAACUCACUCGCCAUGGAGUCAUGAUUGUCGGGGCGACGGGAUCUGGAAAGUCCACUGUCUGGAAGCUUCUGCAAAGCACCUGCGGCCGACUGGCCAAAACCAAUCCAGACAUAUAUCGUGCAGUGAAGACGUACCCAUUGAACCCCAAAGCUCUCAGUCUUGGGGAACUUUAUGGAGAAAACAAUAUCAGCACCAACGAGUGGACUGAUGGCGUCCUGUCAAACUUGAUGCGUGCUGCUUGCGCCGACGAAAAGCCAGACCAGAAAUGGCUGAUUCUCGAUGGUCCCGUCGACACACUUUGGAUUGAAUCCAUGAACACAUUGCUAGAUGAUAACAAAGUUCUCACUCUGAUCAAUGGAGAGCGUAUUGCAUUGGUGGAGCAGGUAUCUCUGCUAUUUGAGGUCGACGACAUGUCCACAGCUUCGCCUGCGACGGUCAGCCGCGUGGGCAUGAUAUACAUGGACUACGAGGAUUUGGGAUGGCGACCAUACCUCACAUCUUGGAUGCAAUGCCGCGAUGACAAGGGCUCUGCAGAGAUGUUGGGUCGCUUGGUCGACAAGUAUCUUCCAAGAACUUUGGAAUUCCGCAAGUCCUGCAAGGAACUUGUUCCCGUUCCAGAGAUAUCUGCCGUGAUUUCAUUCUGCACGUUGUUUGAUGCCGUUGCGACAAGGGAGAAUGGUGUUGAUCCCGCAGAUCAAGACUCGUACUCGCGCAUGAUCGAGCUUUGGUUCUUGUUCUCGAUCAUAUGGACGCUUGGAGGGUCGCUCACGGACGAAAGCCGCAAGAGCUUUGACAUGUUCCUCCGCGAGAUUGAAGGUCAAUUUCCAAGCAAGGACACGGUGUACGAGUACUACGUCGAUAAGCAAAACAAGUCCUGGGGGCCGUGGGAAGACAAGCUACCCUCCGGAUGGCGCUACUCACCCGGAACGCCGUUCUACAAGAUAUUUGUGCCAACCAUCGAUAGCAUCCGGAAUGAGUUUGUGAUCAAAUCUUUGAUCAGUCGUAAAAGUCCUGUACUGGCAGUUGGAGACGUUGGCACGGGAAAAACUUCCCUGGUUCAUCAGAUCAUAUUGAAUCAGGAUACUAGCAACGUUCUCAUGGUCAACAUGUCGGCGCGAACAUCCUCGAACGGGCUGCAGUCUAUUCUAGAAUCUAAGCUAGAGAAACGCACCAAGAACAUGUUCGUCCCGAUCGGAGGCAAGCAUCUCAUAAUGUUUGUUGACGACCUCAAUAUGCCUGCGAAAGACACCUUCGGAUCCCAACCACCAUUGGAGUUCCUGCGACAGUGGAUGGAUUACGGGUUCUGCUACGAUCGCCAGAAGCAGACGCAGAAGUACAUGAAUGAUGUGCUAGCAGUCGCGGCUAUGGGCCCUCCAGGAGGAGGCAGGAGUCGACUGAGCCCCCGAGUACAAUCACGAUUCCACGUAGUGAAUAUGACAUUCCCUACGGAGACUUCGGUCAAGCGCAUGUUCGGCACGAUCAUCAACCAAAAGCUGCAGGACUUUGACGAAGAUGUCAAACAGCUCGGAGAUCUCAUCACCCAGGCGACGGUGGAGAUAUACCACUCGAUUGCCUCCCACCUACUCCCAACCCCGGCGAAAAUCCAUUACCUCUUCAAUCUUCGCGAUAUCUCCAGGGUCUUCCAAGGCUUGCUACGUGCAAAUCGAGACUUUUACGACUCCAAAGAGUCCUUCCAGAAGCUCUACGUCCAUGAGAUCUACAGAGUGUUUCAUGACCGUCUCGUGGACAAAGAGGACCGAGACUAUUUCCACAAACUCGUCGAUGACAAGCUUGGUACGCAUUUCUCGACGAGCCUGAAGCAGCUAUGUGGCCCAGACAAGCGGAUCCCCAUCUUCGUCGACUUCUUACGCGAAGGAAGCGCCGAGCUAGUUUACGAAGAGGUCCCGCAAGUCGCCACGUUGAAGAAGUUCAUGGACGACAAGCUCAAGGACUACAAUUCGGAGCCUGGCUAUGUCCAAGCAGAUUUGGUUCUGUUCCGCGACGCCAUGGAACAUAUCUGCAGAAUUACUCGGAUCUUGCGCCAGCCAGCGGGCAACGUGCUUCUGAUCGGUGUUGGGGGCAGCGGUCGUCAAUCGCUUACCCGCUUGGCUGCCUAUAUUGUCGAAACGGACGUCUUCCAGAUCAAGAUAUCGAAGCAUUACCGUCACACGGACUUCCGGGAAGACUUGAAGACUGUAUUCCGAAAGGCUGGCGUGGAUGGAAAGGCGGUGGCAUUCCUGAUCACAGACCAGCAGAUUGUUUCAGAUACGUUUCUUGAGGAUAUCAGCAACAUCUUGAGCAGCGGAGAGGUACCAAAUCUCUUCACCGCAGAAGAGUUAACAGAAAUCAAGCAAACCCUUCAAACGGUAGGCAAAGGUGAAAAGCUCCUAGAAACGCCGGAUGGGGCGUACACCUGGUUCCUCGAGCGAGCGCGAACCAACCUGCACAUGAUCAUAUGUAUGAGCCCCGUCGGGGAACCCUUCCGAAACCGCCUGCGGAUGUUCCCAGCGUUGGUCAACUGCACGACCAUCGAUUGGUUCUCGGAGUGGCCGGAGGACGCGUUGCUCGAGGUCGGUGUAAAGUACAUGGAGACCGUUGAUGUGGGAAGCGAUGCGAUGCGGCGGGCGGUUUCGCAGGUUUUCGUGAGUGUGCAUAUGUCGGUGGUGGAAACUUCAGCGAAGAUGCGGGCCGAGCUCAAACGAUACAACUAUGUCACUCCUAUCAACUAUCUUGAACUUGUGAGCGGGUACAUCCAGCUCCUGAAGGAGAAGCGGGUGGAAAUCGGCAAAGCGGCGUCGAAGCUACGAAAUGGUCUCAGCAAGCUUGAUGAUACCCGGCAGAAUGUGGAGAAGAUCUCGGUCGAGCUCGAGGAGGCAAAGAAGCAGGUCGCGCAGUUUCAAAAGCAAUGUGAGGAUUAUCUGGUCGUUAUCGUGCAGCAGAAACGGGAGGCAGACGAGCAAGCGAAAAGUGUGGCAACAAAAGCCGAGAAGCUGGAAGUCGAAGAAGAAGAGGUUAGAGCUGUAGCAGACGCAGCGCAAGCAGAUUUGGAUCAAGCUUUGCCAGCACUGAAUGCUGCUAUGAAAGCUCUGGAAGGGCUGAACAAGAAGGACUUGAACGAGAUUCGCUCGUACGGCAAACCUCCCCCGCUUGUCGAAAAGGUCAUGGAAGCGGUGAUGGUACUGCGGAAAUCCGAGCCAACUUGGGAGGAGGCCAAGAAGCAGCUAGGAAAUCCGUACUUCAUCAAACAGCUAGUCGGAUUCGACAAGGACAACAUCUCGGACAAGAUCUUAAAGAGGGUUUCGCAAUAUUGUGCCGACGAAACAUUCCAGCCAGAUGUCGUUGGUAGAGUAUCGGGUGCAGCCAAAUCCCUCUGUAUGUGGGUGCGUGCCAUGGAGACGUACGGGACAAUAUUCCGGCAGGUAGCCCCGAAGCGCGAAAAACUCCGCGCUGCCCAGGAAACACUGGACAAGAAACAAAAGUCCAUGCGUGAAGCAAAAGCCAAACUCCAGGAGAUUCAAGACAAGUUGAUCGAACUCAAAAACCAGUACGACGACAAAGUCGGGCUGAAAGAGAAACUCCGCCAGGACUCCGAGCUUACGGAGCUGAAGCUGCUGAGAGCCGAACAGCUCGUAUCCGGAUUGGCGGGCGAGCGGGAUCGGUGGGAGCGGAGCAUCGGAAACUACGAAAACGCGAUGAACUACUUACCCGGUGACUGUCUGCUCGCGGCAGCGUUCUUGUCGUACGCGGGUCCGUUCCCGAGCAACUACCGCCAACAGCUUGUCGGAAAUCUCUGGCUUGGGCAGAUCAAAGCGCUGGAGAUCCCGUUUUCCACCAACUUCACCUUUGACAACUUCAUUGGCAGACCGACAGAUAUACGGGAGUGGAACAUCCAAGGGCUUCCUAGCGAUGCAUUUUCGGCUGAGAAUGGUAUCAUCGUCACGCGCGGGCGACGGUGGUCCAUCAUGGUCGACCCGCAGAACCAGGCCAACAAGUGGAUCAAGAACAUGGAGGGCUCCGGGAAGGACCUGAAGAUCAUUGAUUUGAAGCAAUCGGACUUUAUGAAAACUCUCGAGAAUGCGAUCCAGUACGGAAAGCCCGUGAUUCUGCAAGGCGUUCUCGACACGAUCGACCCGAUGCUUGACCCCAUCUUGAACAAAUCCGUUGUGAAAAAGGGGGCUCAGCUGACAAUCAAGUUGGGUGACAAGGAGAUCGAAUACAACCCGAACUUCCGGUUCUACAUCACAACAAAGCUUGCGAAUCCUCACUAUGCGCCUGAGAUCUUCGCCAAAGCCACUGUCGUCAACUUUGCUGUCAAGGAGAAGGGGUUGGAGGAUCAACUGCUUGGGAUCGUCGUCAGGCGGGAGAAACCAGAGCUCGAGGCCCAGAAGAGCACGUUGGUAGUCAACGUCGCAGCGGCCAAGACCAAAUUAGCGGAUCUAGAAGAUGAGAUUCUGCAACUACUGAGUACCGCCCAGGGAUCGCUGCUGGAUGACGAGAAGCUGGUCCUCACGCUCCAGUCUUCCAAAACCACUGCCGAGCAGGUGACCCAGCAACUGAUCGUCAGCGAGGACACCGAGAAGCGAAUCGAUGCGGCGCGUGAAUGCUACCGGCCUUGUGCUCAACGGGCCUCCGUUCUGUAUUUCGUGUUGAAUGACCUCUCGACUGUCGAUCCGAUGUACCAGUUCUCGUUGGAUGCGUACACGGAAUUGUUCGACAAGUCGAUUGCGAAAAGCAAACGGUCGGAUGAUUUGGCAGAGCGUAUCCUCAAUCUCAACGAUUAUCAUACCUAUGCAGUGUACAAGAACACAUGUCGGGGUCUAUUUGAAGCCCACAAGCUUCUCUUCGCCUUCCAGAUGACGAUCAAGAUCAUGGCAGCGGCAGGAAAACUGGCGAAGGAUGAAUAUGACUUCUUGCUUCGAGGUGGUCAGGUCAUUGAUAGGGAGCGGCAACUACCGAAUCCCUAUUCAGAAUGGAUCACCGAAACGGCAUGGGAUGACAUUACCGAACUGGACGCACUAGCAACCUUCGCCGGCCUCGUAAGCUCCCUCGAGCAAAGCGAACGAGAAUGGAAGAGCUGGUUCAUGACCAGCGACCCCGAAGAAACCGCCUUCCCUGGCGACUGGGACAACAAGCUUAACGACCUCCAACGCAUGCUCAUCGUUCGGUCGCUACGCCCCGACCGGCUGAUAUUCUGCGCCAGCAAGUUUGUCGUUGCGAACCUUGGGCAGAAGUUCGUCGAACCGCCCAUACUGGAUAUCAUGGAUAUUUAUUCAGACUCAUCCCCGCGCACGCCGUUGAUUUUCGUGCUGUCACCCGGGAUGGACCCCACGAGCAACCUGAUGAGUCUGGCGGAGAAGCAAGGCAUGACUGACCGGUUCAACUACUUGUCUCUCGGUCAGGGCCAAGCCCCGAAAGCGACCAAGCUGAUCACCGACGGGAUCCGGGACGGCAACUGGGUGUUCCUCGCGAACUGUCAUCUGUCGAUCAGCUGGAUGCCGAGUUUGGAUAAACUGCUGGAGAGUUUAGCGAGCGAACGGAUCCACCCCGAUUUCCGCAUUUGGCUGUCCAGUAGCCCGCACCCCGACUUCCCCAUCUCUAUCUUGCAAAGUGGGAUCAAAAUGACCACCGAGCCUCCCAAGGGUGUCAAGGCGAAUCUGGCUCGCUUGUACGCUGGCUUCCUGGAAGAGAACUACGAGCGGUGUACGAAGCCCGAAGUGUACAAGAAGCUGCUCUUCUCGCUCUGCUUUUUCCAUAGUAUUCUGCUGGAACGGAAGAAGUUCUUGACGCUUGGGUGGAACGUGACGGCGGAUUUCAACGAUUCGGACUUUGACAUUUGCGAGAACAUCAUGACGGUGCUGUUGGAUGAGUACGCACAGACGCCGUGGGAUGCGUUGAGGUAUCUCAUCGCGGAAGCCAAUUACGGAGGCCGGAUAACGGAUGACUGGGAUCGUCGUGUGUUGCGGAGUUACGUGAACACUCUCUUCAGCGAGGAAGCAGUGACGACGCCGCAGUUCAAGGUGUCGAGCCUGCCAAACUACUACAUCCCCGACACGUUCGAGCUACCCGCCACGCGCGACUACAUCAACUCGCUUCCUGGCGCUGACAAGCCUGAAGUGUUUGGGCAGCACUCCAACGCCGAUAUCGCUAGUCAGAUCAAGGAGUCGGCAAACAUGCUCCAGAGUCUCCUUUCCCUCCAGCCGCAGGUCAGCUCGACGGGCGGUGCUUCGAUUGAGGACAAGGUUCUGGCCCUCGCGGCCGAUAUUCUGCGGAAGCUGCCGGAGAAUAUCGACUACACCACUACAUACAAGUUGAUCCAGCAUGAUCUGUCACCCACAAAUGUCGUAUUGCUGCAAGAAAUCGAGCGAUACAAUCAAUUGCUGGAUAGAAUGAGAAAGUCGUUGACGGAUGUGCAGGAUGGGAUCAGGGGAAUCGUAGUCAUGUCACCGGAACUCGAGGAAACCUUCAAGUUCAUCUCGGAAGGGAAAGUACCGCCGCAGUGGAGCAAAGCGUAUGGCUCCCAAAAGCUACUGGCGGCAUGGACGCGAGAUUUGACACAACGCGUGGAGUUCUUUGCCGAGUGGGCCAAAGGAAACGAGCCAAAGAUGUUCUGGCUAGGAGCCUUCACAUUCCCGACCGGAUUCCUGACUGCAGUGCUGCAAACUGCCGCACGAAGAAACAGCAUCGCCAUCGACGCUUUAUCAUGGGAGUUCUCCGUGCUGCAGCUUGAGGACGAAGCUCACGUACAGCAGGCACCCAAAGAAGGCGUUUACAUAAACAACCUUUAUCUGGAAGGCGCAAGCUGGGAUAGGAAAAACAACUGCCUCUCUGAGCCAAAACCAAUGGAGCUCCUAACAGCGCUUCCGCCAAUCCAUUUCAAGCCUGUCGAUAGCAAAAAGAAAAUGACAAAGGGCGCCUACGCAUGCCCGCUGUACUACUACCCAGUGCGCUCUGGCACGAGGGAAAGACCAUCGUUCAUCAUCGCAGUCGAAUUGAAGACUGGGCAGCAUGACCAGGACUUUUUCAUCAAACGAGGGACGGCAGCCCUUGCAUCACUGACCUGAGAUUAUUUUCGAAGACACUUUUUGGGACCCUAUAUCAUGUAUACUACUACUACGUGCUGCUUUACUUAUACCCAAAGCACUUUGUAAAUAGAAGACCUGUCACUCUGCACGUUUUCCUGCUCGAUCC